AGGUACAAGGUUUUUGUAUUGCUCUAUAAAAUGAGAUAAUGCAAAUUCAGCAGAGAUCUCCUUCACAAUUAUUUUCUCUAACCUUUCAGCUUAUUUGCUGUUUGCAGAGGCUGCCAAGGGCCAUGGAAGUUAAUGAUCAGGGGCCUCAUUUAUAAAGCUUGCGUACGCCCAGAAGAGGGCGCACGCCAAUUUCUAAGCAAAUAUUGGCAUUUAUAAAAACCAAACUUGACGGGAAGAGUGCGGUCCUCCACGCAAGCUCUGACCCAUGCGUACGCACAGAAAGUGGAGAAAGGAAAAACGGCGACGCCGUUGGCAGAAGAAUGAAACGCGGAAACAUUUUGAAACUGAGACCAAUGUGUAAAAUAAAUCAAAUUAUUGCCUCUGAUUAGGCCUAAUCAUAUUAAGAAUUCUCAAAAGCCAUUCUUACAAUUAAUACACAAACACCUGUUUCAUAGAUUCUCUAUGCAGUGCGGGGGGAAAAUAAAGAAAACUAGUAGUCUAUCAUAAAUUCAUAUAAAUAUAUAUUUGCAAACCAACACCAUUUGUUGUUUCCAUAAUUUACGAAUUAGAUGAACUCCCACACCUGUAGCACGUUAGGUUCAAUCAAAUGGAUGGGUAUAAAAAGGCAUGCCAGCACAAUGCGUAAUGACGCAAAAUGGCUGAAUUGGCUUUUUUUGAAGACGUUGCUCGACAGAGAAUAAGGAGGGAGAGAAUUUUUAGAGAGCACACAGAUUUGCUGGCCAAUGGGGACGAGUGGCUGAUAAGCAGAUUCAGACUGUCGCGCGCUGUCCUGCUCGAGCUGUGCGCGGUGUUGGGCCCAGCUUUGGCGAGGAACACCCGGCGCAAUAACGCCGUGCCAGUCCCACUUCAAGUUCUGACCACACUGGGUUUUCUGGCAACCGGCACUUUUCAGAGGGAGUUGGCUGACAGGUCGGGGAUAUCUCAGCCAACCCUCAGCCGUGUUAUGCCAGACGUGUUAGGAGGAAUUGUAAGUUUGACACAUCUUUACAUCAAGUUUCCUUACACGGUGGUUGAACAGGCAAACAAAAAAGCGCAAUUUGCAGCAAUGUCCGGUUUCCCAAAUGUAAUCGGUGCCAUUGACUGCACUCAUGUUGCUAUAAGGGCGCCGAGUAUGAAUGAAAAUGCUUUCGUUAAUCGAAAGCAUUUUCAUUCAAUAAAUGUCCAAGUCAUUUGUGAUGCGGACAUGUUACUCGUAAAUGUUGUAGCUCGGUGGCCUGGGUCAACCCAUGACUCAUUCAUUCUGAGACAAAGCAGUGUUGGUCGGAGACUUGAGGCUGGGGCUGUGCGUGAUGGCUGGAUUCUGGGGGACAGUGGGUAUCCACUGAAGCAGUGGCUGCUCACGCCUUUCGCCAACCCCCAGAGCGCGGAGGAAAGGCAGUAUAACAUCAGCCAUACCCAGACACGGUCUGUGGUGGAGCGCACCAUAGGCCUGUUUAAAGGCAGAUGGCGGUGCCUAGACCGCACUGGAGGGAUGCUUUUAUAUAGACCGGAGAAGGUGUGCCAGAUGAUACGUGCAUGUGCUGUGCUACAUAAUAUGGCACAACUGCAAAAUGUGCCUCUACCCCCUGGAGCGGAAGCUGCAUGUGUUCGACCCGACCCCGACCCCCAGCCCCAGGCAUUUCAGCCAAACGGUGCGGCUGUGCGCCAGCGUUUGGCUGUGAUGCGGCGGUUGUGAAAACACCAAACAAGUUUCCCUCUGCAUGGCAAGGACUGCGUCGGUGAGGACACGCCCGCUGCUGGAUGGAGAUGGAGACGGAGACGGAGACGGAGAGGCACGUGGAGGUUCAGCUGCACCACCCUCUCCACUGGAACAUGCAGCAACUAAAAAAAAAAGGGAUUUGUGUAAAUAAAGUGUUUUGUACAUACACGAGUGACUUGAAUGCAUUUAUUUUACUCAUUCCAUAAAAGCAAUUGCAAAUAAGCCUACAUACCCAUUUCAUCUGCUGGCACGUCGGUGUCCCCCUCCGCCUCUGUCACCACUCCACUCAAGAGGGACUCGCCGAUGAUGCCUGCCAGCCUCUCAUCAAGAGGGGUCAGUUCCGGCGUCCCCUUUCCCCCGCCCGUGGCAGACACGCUCUGGCGAUGGUGCGCCAGGCGCUUUUUGGCCUCGACUUUAAUGUCUGACCAUUUUUUUUUCAGUUCGGCCACAGUCCGAUCUUCUGAUGCAGUGGCAUUCACUGCCUCAGCAAGAGUUUGCCACUCCAAAGUUUUUUUGGCAUUAGUGACUCCCAUACUGUGCCCUCCAAACAAAAUCUUUUUUCUUUUCUCCACCUCCCCAACCAAAACUUCGAUCUCGCAGUCUAAGAAAUUUCUUUUUUUUGUUUUUUUUCCUGCGCUUGCCAUGUUUCUUUCUCUGCUGGCCCAGAA